AUGCAACAACUAGCCGAGACCGCCUCCCUGCCAUAUCACGAACCCGGUAUUGUGACUAUUUUGACACAGUCGUCCUUCUUCCUGGUUCUAAAUGUUGUCAACUAUGUUCUGGACAAGGCAGUGUACUGCGGUCUUUUGGGUCAAGUCUUUAUCGGCAUAGCCUGGGGGACCCCCGGUGCAAAGUGGCUCGGCGUCGAGGUUGAACGAGUCGUCGUUCAGCUUGGUUACCUGGGUCUUUUGCUUCUAGUCUACCAAGGUGGCCUGUCAACAUCCCUCCAAUCGCUCAAGGCCAAUCUUCUUCUCUCUAUAUGCGUGGCAAUCACGGGGAUCGGCUUGCCUAUCGGCUCAUCAUUUGUCCUUCAACAUCUUACGCAUGCCACACCGAUCCAAUGCUUUGCUGCAGGAGCAGCUCUGUGCUCAACCAGCCUUGGCACCACCUUCACUGUUCUCAGCGCCUCUGGCCUCGCAAAAUCAAGGCUCGGCGUUGUUCUGAGUACCGCCGCAAUGAUGGACGAUGUGGUCGGCCUGGUCAUGGUUCAAAUCAUCUCGAACCUCGGUCAAAACAGCGGCGGUGUCAGUGCCGUCGCCACAGUCAGGCCACUGUUGGUGUCAUCGGCCUUUGUUGUUCUCGCCAUGGUGGCAUGCCUGGCUUUGGUGCGUCCCGCAACAUUGUGGUUGAAUUCCCAGCGGGCUCGGAAGCCCCUGGGUUUUCUAGGUCGAACGUUGAAGACGCGCGAGACUGCUCUCCUUCUCCACACGCUGAUAUUAGUUGGUUGCGUGACGGCUGCUUCCUUUGCCGGCACAUCCAAUCUGUUCGCUGCUUACUUGGCCGGAGUUUCCAUCACUUGGUGGGACUCAGUGUCUCAAUUUGCCGAAGCCGGCUCACCUCGGGUAUCGAACUCGUCCACGAGUGGAAGCACCGCAGAGCCUCGUACGCCCCGGGACGGCGAAGGAAGCACAAACACUCGCAGGGCCAUUCAAGACAAUGACUCGCAGAGCUUAUCUGGCCUGGAGACCUAUGAAAUGUUUUACCUCGAACCAGUCGAUCGGAUUAUGAGGCCUUUGUUCUUUGUACGUUGUCUACAAGCGUACGCACUAUCCGGCUAA